CGUAUUUCCUUCCUUCUAACGCCACCGUCUUUCAACCUUCACCACAUCCAUCCUUCACUUUAACUCAUCAGCACCACCAUCUCUCCAUUUCCAUCUCACAACAACAUUAUUCAACACUGCUCCUCUAGUUGAACUCUCACUAUUUCUUCUUUGAUUUUUAAUUUCAUUCCUUCUAUUUUCAUCUGACAUGUCGGUUCUUGAUGCCCAGCUAGCCAAACUGCAGCUACUUCUAGGCAACGGUGUGAAGCUGGAGGAGAGACCGAGAGACCAAGAAGAGGACUACGACGAAACUUCAGACAACUCAGUCGGCGAGGGAGCUGACAACAACUACGCCGAGAUGAUGGAGCGUCAGAGACAAGCUACCAGAGAACAGAUCUCUCAAACUAUUCAGCAACAAGAGGUCAACACUUAUGCUGCCAGACGGCUCGAACUUGCCGAGAAGAAGAAAAAGGCAUUUGAUAACUCCAAGUUUCGCAUCUUUCAGUCGGUCUCCAAGGACUUCACCUUCUGCCCAUUCAAAGUUGUGGUCUCGUAUCCUGAACGCUUCGUGGGCAAGGCCAACAAGCCUCGUACAAAGCCAUUUUUCACCAGAAUCCUCUUCGAGAAAACCUGGGACUUCUUCUAUCUUCAUAAUCCAGAGGAGCCGGCUAGAGACCCCUACCUUUUGAUUCCAACAGCUCAGUUCGAAGUCUUCCUUGAAGAAAUCAACCUCGAGCUCGACACUUCACUCAAGAUCCCCCCCGGAGUGAACAUGGAAAAGUUCUACCUCAAAUUCGGCGAACAUGGUACCCCACGCCCUCGAUACUUGAAACGAUCGGAGGAAGAGACAUCUCUAGAUGCUCGGCCAUGGCCCGCUAUUGACCAAGAUGACAUCAAAGGCUUCAAGGCGGCCACUCCAAAACAGCAACUGGCCUGGAAAGCAAAGUUUCGAAUUGUCAAAUCUGGGUUUCCACCCAGAAACAGGUCAGAUCCUGACAAGGCAGCAAGAAAGAAGAGCCACCGAGAGCGAAUGCUUCGCAACACCCAGAGAUGUCUUGGUCUUCUAGGAGAUCCCGAUGGCUAUGACGUUGUUUUCAUUUGCGUCGAUGUUGAGGCCAUUGAAAGAAAACCCAACCCCGUCUCUGAAAUUGGUAUCGCUAUCCUCGACACACGAGACACCGAAGGCGUCGAUCCUAAGAUUGUCGGCCGUGGCUGGUGGCCCCUAAUCAAGACUCACCAUCUUCGAGUCUAUGAGUUUGCUGGUUUGCGAAACUACCAGUUCGUCAAGGGAUGCCCUGACGAUUUUGACUUUGGGACGAGCAUAUUCCCAACAAAUGCAACAGUUGCAGACUCCAUCAUGGAAAUUUUCAACCCUUGGCUUAACGAUCAACGAAACAUCGUCAUCGUUGGACAUGAUGUGAAACAGGACAUCGCCUACUUCACUGAAUUGGGCUUAGACCUAAGAUUCCUCGGGGGGCUGGCAGAACCGGUGGACACUCAGGACAUUCACCAAGCCUGGCGUGGUUCAACCAAUGGACGAAGUCUCGGGGCCGUACUGAACGAUCUUGAUAUCGCCCAUAAGCACCUGCACAAUGCAGGAAACGACGCGCACUACACACUUUGUGCCAUGCUUGGUAUUGCACUGGAAGACUUUCGGAAGGAAGAAGAGUUGAGCAAUAAGAUGCUCAACAAGGUUGACUGAAGGAUGUUUUCGAAACUCGGAGUGAUGGAAGACAUGCAUCCCGAAAAUGCUCCAGGUGAGCAAGUUGGCAAUUCCCAGAACGAAAUGGGACCUGAAAGAGGGUAGAUGAUAUUUCGAGACAGAUGUAAAGUAACAUCAGAACAAACAAAAACAGGGGUGAGAAGAGAACGGGUCUUUAGGACCCUUUAUUCAUACAGCGUCGAGCCUUGAUAGCUUUUAACAAAGGCAUAUACCUUCACCUUGCUCCAAAGAGCUUCC